CUUUCUACCUAUUUUAGGUUGAUAAAUUCAAUUAAUUCAGCGAAUUCCUUGCGUCACUUGGACGGCCUGGGUAUAUGUGGUACGAAAAUCGUUUUUCUCCUUCCCCGCAACGUCGGACGCGGAGCGCCGAUGUUGAGUUUUCUGCGACACGGCCCCCUUAAGGCUCUAGCGUAAAAAAAAAAAAACCACAGAACCUGAACGCGCGAAGCAGUAACCUAUGUCGGGCUGGAUAUUAGCGACGUGUCGCCUCGAAUUAAAGAUGAGCCUGUGCGUUCGCCACGCAGGAGGUUCUCACGAGACGGCGCUUGUCCCAGUCUGCACGCAUCGUGUCGGCGGUGCUGAACGCGACGCUGGCCGAGUACGCCCAGUGGCAGGACAACGUGACGCUGGAGCGCACCCGCGCCCGGCUGCAGAUGCUGCGUGCCGAGGCAAGCUCGACGCCGCUGCUCUCGGUGGCCGACGCGAACCGUCGGUACGAUUACGUGUUCCCCGUGACCUACCACACAGUGUUCCUGGAGUGGUUCAUCACCUCGCUGUCGUCGGGCGUCGCGCACGCGAAAACUUCCCGUGUCGACGCGCUCGAAGACACGGACGAUCUGCGUCAGUUGGACGCCCUUCGAGACUCCAAAGUGCACAUAGACCCGCUGGACGCGGUAGUGCGCGUGUCUCCCGGCUUUGUGUUCGCCCCCUUCAUGGUGGACGACGAUGCGCCACCAGACGGCGUGAACGCGGGCGCACUUGGAGCCGCGGUGGGGUCGCUGGUGGCCGCCUUCUUGGACCCCGUGCGUGGACCGCUGGACGGGGUGAGCAGGUCGAGAGUCAAGUACGAGCCGGCCACUGCGUCCAGGUACCGAAAGAUGCUUGACUGCCUCCGGUCCAGGCGCUCCAAACACGGGCACGUCAUCGCCGACGACGCAGAGGCAUCACAGGUCCUGGUAAACCAGCUGGGCGUGCGGAUCGCGUACGGUGCCUUCGAGAAAAUGCGCAACGAGAGCAAAGCGAAAUCCGGCAACUCGACGCUGAUGGCCGAACUGUCCGAGCUGCUGGGCAGCGUGCAGCGAGCCUUCUUCGCGGCCCACUGCUUCCAGUUUUGCCAACACGAGGUACCUCGCAGUGUGGGACACGCGACAUCGGGCAGCUUCCGUUGCAACGCUGUGCUCAGAGACGUCGAGGCAUUCUGGAAGGCUUUCAAGUGCCCCGCGGGAAGCGUCAUGCGGCCUGCGCAUCUUUGUGCGAUCUGAACAGCCCUCUGCAUCUGUAUUUUUUUUCUUAUCAAAUCUGGCGAAGUACAUUUACGUUGUAAUUA